ACAGUCACGGAUUUUUGUGCACUGCCUGGCUGGGAGAAACAUCGGGAAUUAAACACAGCUGGCUAACGUUGGCUAGAUAUACAUCGUUGUCUAGGCUACUACUUCAGCAGUAGCUUGGAAAUCGUUUUAUUGUUAUUUAACGUUAAUAGUUAAAAACAUAUUCGAUCAUCCUGCCAGAUGUUUCGAAUACGCAUAUUCAGCCAGUUUCGGUCGGGUAGCUUGCUAGAAGAUUAGCCAGUCAACGUUAACGAUGCAUCGCUGGUCCAGGUGUUUUUAAGUUAGAAUUCUAGCUGGUCAGCUACAAUAUAGCCUUUUGAGGUGUUUGCUAGGUACUUAAUCGAUAAUUAGUUAACUGGCAAACUAGGUUAAGUUAUAUCCACAUAAUCAUACAUUGUUUUGCUUAACAUUAUAAGAGAAUCAACGUCACUGCAUCAUCAUGACUGGAUGAUUUUGACUUCUGUGUCAUUCUCAGCUAUCGGGGACACCCAAGUAUCAACCCUUUGAAGUGGUUUCGAGGCAGGGUCAGAAUCAACAUCCUUAUGCUGCUGACCAUAUUCAAGCUCUGAUGUCCCCCGUCCCCUAAAAUCUGCAAACAUGAUGCCGAUGAUUUUGACCGUGUACCUGAACGAUGGCGAGCAGGCGGUGUCCGAGGUGCCCAUCACCCCGGAGACGUCCUGCCGCGACGUGGUGGAGUUCUGCAAGGAGCCUGGCGAGAGUGGCUGCCACUUGGCCGAAGUGUGGCGUGGCAACGAGAGAGCCAUCCCCUUUGAUCACAUGAUGUACGACCACCUGCAGAAAUGGGGCACCAGGAGACAGGAGGUGAAGUUCUUCCUGCGCCACGAAGACUCGCCGACCGAGAACAGCGACCAAGGUAGCCAACAAUCUCAGGACCACAGUAGCAGAUGGAGUGGCUCCAGCUCAGAAAAGCACAACGAGAACGGGGUGGGGAACCCCAGAGUGGAGCUCACUCUCUCAGAGCUACAGGAGAUGGCCACUCGGCAACAGCAGCAGAUCGAGGCCCAGCAACAGAUGCUCGUCGCUAAGGAGCAGCGUCUGCGCUACCUGAAGCAGCAGGAGCGGCGGCAGCAGCAGACCGUGUCCGAGGCGGAGAAGCUGCAGAGGCUCAAGGACCGCGUGGAGAGCCAGGAGGCCAAGCUCAAGAAGAUCCGCGCCAUGAGGGGACAGGUGGACUACAGCAAGGUCAUCAACGGCAACCUGUCGGUGGAGAUCGAGCACAUCAGCGGUCUGUUUCAGGAGAAGCAGGCGGAGCUGCAGACGGCCGUGCUGCGGGUUGAGCAGCUGAGCCAGCAGCUGGACGAACUCCGCCGCGGCAAACUCAACGGCCUGCAGGGCCUCAGCGGUCAGCUCACCGGCACUGCCGCGCUCGAGCUGCGCAAGCUCUACCAGGAGCUGCAGAUCCGUAAUAAGCUGAACCAGGAGCAGAACAGUAAGCUGCAGCAGCAGAAGGAGCUGCUGAACAAGCGCAACAUGGAGGUGACGCUGAUGGACAAGCGCAUCACCGAGCUGCGCCAACGCCUCUACAAGAAAAAAGCCGAGGCACGUCAAAAAGAGAACGUGCCACUGAACCGGACCAACGGACCCCCCUCACCCCAGCCGGCGCCGGGCGGUCCGGGCCGUGUGGCUGCAGUGGGUCCCUACAUCCAGGUCCCGGUGCCCGUGCGACAGGAAGCAGGCUACACGGUGCCUCCUGACCCGCUCAAACCUCAGUCCCUGGGCGUCAACUCACCCGCUAACCACGCCCGGUCCAAAUCAGACGGAGUGAGAAAGCCGCCCGGCCCCUGGAAGGUCUCUGAUUUAGACAUCAUAGUGGACCCGGUCCAGCCGACCCUGCCAGAGCUCCGGCCGGGGGGCCCAGCGGGCCCAGCGGGCCCCGGGGCUCCUACCUCCUCCUCCUUCUCCUCUUCCUCCUCUUCCUCCUCCUGCAUGGCGGGGCCAGAUGGAGCCUCUCCUAACGAGGCGGGGUGGCCCACCAUCGGAAAAGGGAACGCCUCUCUCAAGCCCCCCGACUGGAAGGAGUCUGGAGGAGAUGGACCAGGCAAGACCCCCUCCCCCACCAGCACUCCUGCUGACAAGGCUCAGGACGGCAGCAAGCCAGCUCCCCCCAUCUCCAAGCCCCAGCCGCCUCCAUACGGCGCCCACCACCACAGCAGCGCCGGCAGUGGCAGCAGCGUCACCAGCGCCCUGUCCUCCUCCUCCAACUCAGGCUCCACCAGCUCCCUCGAGCUCCGCAAGGACGUCCCUCCGCCUCCUCUGCCGGCCGCCGUCCGGCCGGGUCCCAGCGCCUCGCCGGGCUCCGGCGGUCCGGCGCUGCCUCCGCUCCCUCCCCCGGCCUGGCCGCGCACGGGCCCCGCGUCCCAGGGCUCGUCCUCGCAGCAGAUCCAGCAGCGCAUCUCGGUGCCGCCCAGUCCCACCUACCAGCCCGGCUCGCCGCUCUUCCCACCAGGAGACCGGUCCGAUCCACCGCUGGCCGUGGCCGUGCGGCCUUUCAUCCCGGACAAGGGGUCCAGGCCACAGUCGCCGCGUAAGGGCCCGGCCACCAUGAACUCCAGCUCCAUCUACCACAUGUAUCUGCAGCAGGCCGCCCCCAAGAACUACCCCUUCAACAACAAGCCCGCCGUCAGAGCAGUGUAUGGGAAGCCUGUCCUGCACUCCAGCUCCACCCCCACCUCCCCUCUCCCCUUCAGCCCGGCCUCGGGACACUUCCCCGGCUUCCUGGGCGGUCCCGGCGAGGACCUGCCGGACGGCGGCGGCGGUUUCGGCGACAUGGUCGGCGAGCUCCCUCCCCUGCUGGGCGGCGGCGCCGGCAUGGAUCUCCCCCACCCAGGGCCCCCCCCGCCCACGAUGGUGGACCACAUCCCGCGGCCGCUGAGCCCCACCAAGCUGACGCCCAUGGUGCACUCGCCGAUGCGCUACCAGAGCGACGUGGAGCUGGAGGCGCUGCGCAAGAGGCUGGCCAAUGCACCGCGGCCGCUCAAGAAGCGCAGCUCCAUCACAGAGCCCGAGGGGCCCAGCGGGCCCAACAUCCAGAAGCUGCUCUACCAGCGCUUCAACACGCUCGCCGGCGGCAUGGAGGGGGGUGUCGGAGUCGGGCCGCCCCCCUCCGGGGUCACGCCGUUCUACCAGCCCGGCUCGGCAGUGGCCGCUGCUGCCGCCGCCGCCUGCGCCGUGGGUCAGGGCGAUGCCGACAACGGGAACCCUCCGUCGGAAGUGCCCUCUGGCGGAAUGGCGGUGGCGGUCUCGGAAGGGAUGGCGGGCGAGACGUCGACGUCGACGUCGACGACGACGACGACGACAGCGACGCUGCCACAGGGAGACGCAAAUGACAACCAGCCCGCGGUGGGGGUGGGGUCACCGCCGGCCAGCGAGGUCCAGGCGCCACCGGUGCCCGCGGCGUCAGAAGAGGACAACACGAACAACAACACGCAAGCGGCCACAUCCGCCACCACCAUCCUGCCCAGUCCCGUGAUGGAGGCCACCUCACCACAAGAAGCUGGCUCCUCUCCCUCUGCACCCACGGAGAAGCGCAGUAACCUGAAGAAGCCCAACUCUGAGCGGGCAGGCAGUGGCCAGCGGGUCAAGUUUCACCCCCUGGCCCUGCUGCUGGACGCCUCGCUGGAGGGAGAGUUUGACCUGGUGCAGAGAAUCAUCUAUGAGGUGGAGAACCCCAGUAAACCUAACGAUGAGGGAAUCACGCCUCUACACAAUUCCGUGUGUGCUGGACACCACCAUAUUGUCAAAUUCCUGCUGGACUUCGGUGUUAAUGUCAAUGCAGCAGACAGUGAUGGCUGGACCCCGCUGCAUUGUGCUGCCUCAUGUAACAGCGUCCACCUGUGCAAGCUGCUGGUAGAGUCGGGGGCAGCCAUCUUCGCCACCACCAUCAGCGAUGUCGAGACGGCCGCAGACAAGUGCGAGGAGAUGGAGGAGGGCUACAUCCAGUGCUCACAGUUCCUCUAUGGUGUGCAGGAGAAGCUGGGUGUGAUGAACAAGGGCACUGUGUACGCGCUCUGGGACUACGAGGCUCAGAGCAGCGACGAGCUCUCCUUCCACGAGGGCGACGCCAUCACCAUCCUGCGGCGCAAGGACGACAACGAGACCGAGUGGUGGUGGGGACGUCUCAACGACAAGGAGGGCUACGUGCCCCGCAACCUGCUCGGGUUGUAUCCCAGAAUAAAGCCGCGCCAGCGCUCCCUGGCGUAGUGCCGCUCUCCUCGCCCACCCCUCUCUCUCUCUCUCUCUGACCCUUUGCGCCUCUUCCCGGGCGAUGAACUGGAACUGGAACUCUGGGUAGUGGGUAUGGAUGGCCCUGGACGGACGAGACAAGAUGCUGGCCCUACAGCCCCCUUGCCCUGCCCUGCCUCAGCCUCACACAGGGGCUUCAAGCUGCUACCGCCCCGGGCCACCCGGCGGGGAAGACGAUCAACAGCGCAACACACACAAAUACAUGCAUAUAGACAAAUACAUGCAUGCAUGCAUACAUACAUACAUACAUACAUACAUACAUACAUACAUACAUACAUAAAACACUCACUAAAGAGACUACACAGACACUACAGGCAAAUCAAACAAGCUGAGAACAAGUUCACCUCUCGUGUUCCCCCCCCUCUCUCUCCCCCGACACAUCUUCAUCCAGGCUCUGCAAGUCCCGUCGACUCACCCAGUCACAGACCUGAUAUUACACCUUUACGUUGUGCGUCGGACAAGACAAAGACAUGAAACGAAACUGCACGCCUCUCAGAGCCACCCGAAGUGUGACAAAACUGAAGCUUUUCCAUUCCCUCUCUCUGUCUCUCAGGCACAAACACACACACACACACUAACAAGGCACUUUGAUUCCAGUGCAGAGCGUGUAUGUGUUUGCUUUCAGUGCUGUGUGUGAUUCUUUCUUAUUACCAUUUUACGUGUUUUUUUUUUUUUAGGAGAGUUAGUCUGCGCAUUGACAUUGACUACACAUUUUUUAUUCAGUCACCAGAAUAAGUUAAUGAGGCCAAGCCAGAUGAAUUUUGAGUGCUGUGUUUUCAGAGGAGUGCAUCUCGAAGGAGAGACCAACAAAAAGAAUGACUGAAGAUGUGUGGUAGCUAGAUUCCAGUGCAUGUUGAAAUUGCAUUAAAUCAAUUCUGUAUUUGGAGAAAGGGACAAAGAAAAAGACUGCAACAGUUUAUUGGAAGUGGUCACUUUGACAAGUUGAUAGAUGAAUGAGUGUUUUUAGUUGCUUGGGUGUGUGUGUGUGGCCAUACCACAUGAAAGACAUAUACUUGUGAAACACUGGCAGAAAGACUGGUAUUGUGUAAGAAAUUUGGGAGUGAGUGAUUUUGUCAACACCUACAGUAUUUUGACAGAAAGAAGGGCGUGUAGGUUCUAUAUUUAGCACCCCUAAAGUAGUUAAGCUUUAACGGAUGACACCACAUAUGUGUGUGUGAAAGAAAGAGUGUGUGUAUGUGAGUACUCGUGUGUAUGGUCAAACUAAUAGAGCACUUGGAUCAAAUGCCACUGUAAGCUUUUCUAUACAAGCUGACGUGAAGGUUCACCCUUCAUGCUGUAUUUACCUGCUUUAUUUACAUUUUUUUUAUGUUGCAUUACAUCACAUUAUACAACCCCACACACUCCUGCUCCACAUGCGAGUCUUGUGAGAUGAGAUUUGUACCCUGCCUGUCCGGCAGCAAAGAGCUUUACUGUGGGGUUCUGUAGAUACUGUGAUAAAAACGUUUUGAGAGGCGACUUUGUUUUUUGGAUUUUCUUUUCUUCUUCUGCUGUAUGACUUUACUGCCCCGUGCGGUUUCUGUUUGGUAUAAGAAUACAGUACCUCACACAACCCGUUAUAUACAUGUGCACAAUUAAAACAAAAAAGAUUCCGGCA